GUGUGCGCAAACAGUAUCCGUAAUAAGAUGACACCCGAAGUGUUGGCUCGUAGCGUGGCACCAAGUGUUAUAAGACAUCCACCUGCACGUACGAUGAAUAUGGAGCAGUGCGGAGAUCUAGCGAAUAAACAGGUUGGAACAUCUACAUUCCGUCGAUUUUUUCUGCUGAUGUGUUUACAGCCAGUUCGCCUUACGGCUGUACUCAUUGAGAAUAAUUAA